AGUUAGUGUCACGAGUUUCCUAGGAAGUUAAAUUUUAUAGGUGACAUUUUUUCUCAUAAGGUGGUAUUGGAAUAGUGAUCAACUGUAGGGAUAGAGAUGAACUGUCUUUCAUGCAAGUUAGAGAAAUACGUGGUUACUGAAAGAGUUGGGGAUUUCUUUAUGAGAACUGCUAUAUUUAGUACCUUGCCAUGUAUUGUUAUCGGUAAUGAAGAUCAUUGUGAAACAGAAGAUUGAAUAAAGCCUUGUAACAUUAAACCUAGAUUAGAGAUUUAGAAAAGAAAGUUAAAAUUAGUCAUUUUGAUUUAAGUGUUUCAAUUUCAUAAUAUUUAUUCUUCUAAAUAGAUUUAGAGAGUAGAAAAUAAAAUUCAGUGCUAUAAAAAGCUGUUUUUCUUUCUUUUUGUAUCAGAGAAGAAAGUAGACAACUAAGAGCUAUAGUGAUUCAUAAUGAAAUAUACUAAAUCGAAUUUUAUUAUGUCAGUUGUUGGCAUUAUAAUCUAUAUAACUGAUUUAAUUGUGGACAUCUGGGUAUCUGUUAGGUUUUUCCAUGAAGGACAAUAUGUUUUUGGCAUUUUAACAGUAAGUUUUAUGCUUGUUGGAACACUUGUGGUCCAGUGUUUUAGUUAUUCUUGGUACAAGGCCGAUUUAAAGAAAGCAGGCCAAGAAAGUCAGCAUCGUUUUCUUCUACUUCACUGCUUGCAAGGAGGAAUUUUUACAAGGUAUUGGUUUGCUUUGAAAAAAGGUUAUCAUGUGGUUUUCAAAUAUAGCAACAAAACUGAUAACUUCAUAGAAAAACAAAUUGAUCCACAUAAAGAAGUUAUAGAUGGAGUGACUGAUUUGAGCAUGCUCAGGCUAUUUGAGACCUACCUGGAAGGCUGCCCACAACUUGUUCUUCAGCUCUACAUCUGUCUGGAACAGGGUCAAGGAAAUAUCAGUCAGUAUGCAGUCCUCGUGGUCUCUUGCUGUGCUAUUUCUUGGUCGACUGUUGAUUAUCAAAUAUCUUUAAGAAAAUCCUUACCUGAUAAAAAAGUCCUUACUGGGCACUGUCGAAAAUUCACAUAUCUCUCUUACAAGUUUUUUACAUUAUUAUCUUGGAUGCUGAGUGUUGUACUUCUUUUAUUCUUAGAUGUGAAGAUUGCUUUAUGUCUGUUGUCAUUUCUUUGGAUUUUAGGUAUAUUGUGGGCAUUUAAAAACCAAACUAAGUUUUGUGCUUCCAUAAGUAUGGAGUUCUUAUACAGGAUUGUUGUUGGAUUUGUUCUUAUUUUUACAUUUUUUAAUAUUCAGGGUCAGAAUACCAAAUGUCCAAUGUCUUGUUAUUAUAUUGUAAGAGUACUGGCCACAUUGGGGAUAUUGACUGUGUUCUGGGUUUGCCCACUUUCUAUUUUUAAUUCAGACUAUUUUGUACCUAUUAGUAUUAUUAUAGCUCUUACUCUUAUCCUUGGAAUUAUUUUUCUUAUUGUUUAUUAUGGGACUUUGCACCCAAACAGAAGUAAAGAAAGAGAACCUGAUGAAAUUGAUGGGAAAUCAGUGCAAAUAGAAUGUAGAAUGAAGUAUUUCCUAAUGGACUAAGCUAUCAUUUAUGAGAUGUAUUUUCUUAUUUUAUGUUUCAUUGGUUAGUAAAGAAAAUGUUGUGUGUC